AUGAUCCUGCAUAUUGUUUUGUCUUUUAAACUUCUGCCAGCUAGUGAAGCUCAUUUUUGCUUCUUAAGUGGUUGUGGGGAGGGGCUCACUUUUCUGUCUGAUCCAGUCUUGUACAUGUAUGAUUGGCAAGUUGAUAUUGAAACAGGAAUAUUAAAAGUCAGUCGUACAAAAGCAAUUAGAAGAAAAUUAAUGAUAUUCGUUUCUAGGAUAUUUUUAGAAGCUUUUACUAUGACUUUCUUAGCUGAAUGGGGUGACCGAUCUCAGUUGACUACAAUUAUUUUAGCUGCAAGAGAGGAUGCUGUUGGAGUUACCUUAGGUGCUGUAAUAGGGCAUGGAAUAUGUACUACAAUUGCUGUGGUUGGGGGAAGAAUUGUUGCACAGAGAAUAUCUGUGAGAUCAGUGACACUCAUAGGUGGAGUUGUAUUUUUAAUCUUUGCGGUAUGGGCUUUGGCUGCUGGACCUGGAUCAUGA